AUGCAGGCCGAGAGCAACAGCAACAACAACAAGCAAGAGGAAAACCACCGCACUUCCGACGGCUCGGGGAGCACACAACUGGCUACCCAGCUGGGCAGCGUCGAGAGCACGUCGAUGAUGCAGCUCUGGAGUCAGGAGCGCGACCUCAACCAGCUCCCCUUCUCCGAGUGGCAGGCCAACCAGACCUCCUCUCACAACUCGUAUCAUUACCAGAAUGGCUACGGAUCAAACUCCAACGGCUACUAA